AUGGAGGACGCGGAGGGCGGGCUCAGCUUCGAUUUCGAGGGCGGACUCGACGGGAGCGCUGUCGGCGGCCCCGUUUAUCGCUCCGCCGCCGAUGUCGACUCGGCGUUGGACAACGCCGCCCCACAUGGUCCUGAUGCGGCGGCGGCAGCGGUGGCGGGGUCGCUGGAUCCGGGAGCAGGGCCGGGCGGGGGCCAUCAUCCGCCCGGCGGGAGGAGGAGCUUCCGCCAGACGGUGUGCCGGCACUGGCUGCGGGGAUUGUGCAUGAAGGGGGACGCUUGCGGGUUCCUGCACCAAUACGACAAGGAUCGGAUGCCCGUGUGCCGGUUUUUCCGGCUGUACGGUGAGUGCCGGGAGCAGGACUGCCCCUACAAGCACACCACCGAGGACAUCAAGGAGUGUAACAUGUAUGUUGCUGGUCUGUGUGCCUUUGAUAACCUUAGUCUCGUUACUAUCCUUGUCUGUGUGCGACUUGAAUUGUUUCUGAAUCGUGGCAAAAGUUCAAAUUCCACUUUGAGUGAGAGAUUUUAUCUGGUAAUUUUUUUAUUUUGUACCUCGGGUCUCUGGAACUAUGUCACGAUCUAUAUAUGGCCAAAGUCAAUUUCCUUUUGGUUGAGAUUUUCUAAACUCUACGUCUCAUGUAUCCAUUUUUGUUAAAGUGGCAGAUAGGGUGGUUGAUGUUUCAAUUAGCAAGCAUAUUUUACCAUGAUUUUUCGAUCACUAUCCUUGUCAAUGCAGGGUCGACUGAUGUCUUGAGAACUCCGAGGGUAGGUCCUAGUGUUCUGGCUCACUGUUAGCUUGACACUGACUCCCCAUUUGUUGAUUCCUGAACUCGAUGCCUAUUGUACGAUAAAAAAAUUCUAGUUGUUGCUAGUCUACCGAUAUUGGUAUCUACUGUAAAUCAAUAUAAAAAUGCAAGUAAGCGCUAGACAUGAAAUUGAGAAACAGGGUGAGAUCUGCAUAUGGUAGAUAAUUUCAUGGACAGAAGCUCAGAGAUUUAUGACAAAGUGUAAUAACUUCUUUAGUCUAAGAGUAAGAUAAAUAAAAAAUUCGGAGUAGCGUAGUGACAGUAUUCCGUGGCCUUUUGUAUUGUGAUACAGUUAAAAACUUUCUCAGGUCUCCUUCUUAUCCUUGCAUGGAUAAAAUUCCUUUCAUUGUUGGAGAAAACUCAGGAUAACAGUUUGUGUCCCAUCAAUCCGUGUCACUUGGAUUUUUACAGGGUCAACGCCAAUCUCUCUUCCCAUUAACGUCAUGAUGCAGUUCCAUCCCAAUGAUUGUAUCUUAGUUACCCUCGGAUUUUUAUUUUAUGUCUUCUUAACCUCCCACCACCCAACUGUUCCUAAGUGGUCGUAUAAUUGGUAUCAAAAGCUUUCAUUCAAGCUUGUGUUAUUCAGCGAAUUCAAGCAAUCAUGUGAUGUAUUCCACCUCGCACAGCCUGUUCCAGUUUUGUUUCCAAACUCAUUACCUAUUUCUAUGAUAGAAAUAAACUUUUUAAAAAUUUCAAUCACAGUGAUCUCAUGUCUGCCUGCUAGCACUGUUAAUAUGCAUGCUAUGUUCUUUGAACUUGGAUUUCAUGCGUCUUGCUGUUUCCCUCUAAGUUGAAUUUCUGCUUGAAGCUCUUCUCUCAUAGCAUAAUUUUUGCCUUUCUCACCAUUCCGAUGAGAGCUCCAUGUUGAGCCUUGGUGUUACUUCUCAAAUUUUGCUCUCUUGAGCUAACUGUGAGCCAUAUUUUCAUUGUGUGUUCUCACCAUAGUCUUGAUUCUUUUAUCAAUAUCUUUCAGGAUAUUAAUGUAUAUUUUUAGUUUCUUCUUGAAAUUCCACCAAAUUGGCCUUAUGGGGGUGCCGUUGUAUGACUUUAUGAACUAAUUGACUGUGUGAAAAUUUUCGCUAUCUUUACUAAAUUUAUCACUUAAAUGUUAUGAUGCAGUGGCACAUAAAUCAACUAUAGUUCUUGAUGACCACGGAUGUGUCUUUAAUCUCUUUCUGGUGAUAUUUCCAGUUUUUGUUCAUGGUUUAUAGCUAACAAUGAGAGAAAUUCUGGUUGUUGAUAUGCUAAUUGCAUUUAUUAAAGUUGGUUAAGACGCUUGAUCUCUUUUCAUCUAGCAUACGUUGAAGAUAAUUAAAAAAGCGCCGCUAAGAUCUUCAGAAAAUAAAUUCUAGUUUUCAAACAUUUUCUCUCUUAUGAAGGCCUACACGGUUGAGAUUCCAAAAGUUUGUUGAAUGAUCAUGGAUCAACCAGAUUUAUGCAUAAUUAUCGUGGAAUUUUUUUUAUUACUUCUAUAUGCAUGCAUAAGUAAGAAAUUUGUUUAAUUCCUCUCAUUUACCUCUUAUGUGAUACCUCUCAUUGAAGUCCUAUUUUUGCUCCUCCUUUCAAUGACUGAACUUAACUGUUCCUCAAUGCACGGAAUGGGUACCCAGAUGGAUUUUCUUUCAGGAAAAAAGUGUAGUUAUUGUGGAAGGGUUUUUUCUCAUUGGCUUCUGAUGCUUGGGAAUUCUGUGGAUCUAUUUGGUUAACGAAUGAGUGCCUGGGUUGAAAAAAAAAAGGAAGGGCAAAUGAGAGGAAGCUCAGAUUAAUUGAUGAGUGAAGGAACCUCAUAUUCCGUCCAUUUGACCCUGGCAUAGGGAGGCUGCCCUGUGCCGUUUGAUUGGGGACAAUCAUUUUCUGCUCUUGUUUCUUCAUUUUCUUUUGACUUGGUGAAAUUCUCUGGUUCUUUUAUUUUCUCUCCCUUUUGUGCCAUUAGUACCAUUACUGAUCAAGAGUUGGUUAUGCCUUCCUUUCGGUGGGCCUGGUUCCCACUCCCACUGCCAGAUAGAUCAUUAAAUGAUUCAUUUUUUUGAUUGAUUAAUUUUUCGAUUUUUUUAGGUCUCUGUUGUAUAAGUUAAGGAAUUGGAAAGUUGUUUUUGGAUGUGGGUAGUUCUAUGAAUAUUCAUCAAAAUUAAAUGAUAAAAAGGAUCUGCAUGCAUAGUUCCAAUAUGCUAUAAAAAAUUCUCUGUACAUAAUGUUUCUGUGCUGAUGUUUUGAGGACUGUAUUAAACGCCCAAUCCUUACAAACUGGAGGGGGAUCUCACUACAAUACGCCUUAACCUGGAUUCUCGUUCCACAAACACUAAUGGCCACUCCUUUUGCUGAAUGACUAUGUUUCUUGAGUAUCUAGCUGGUACUCUAGAUCCAUAUCAUCAAACAAACGUGUGCAAGAUAAGCCAUGAUGUUUGUUGACCACUUUUAAUCAGUCAUUUUGAAUGAUGUUAUGUCCUCCUUUGAUCUUCCUUGGGGAUGCCAUUGAAUACCUAUUUUAUUGAGUUGCUUAUGGCAAUUCUCUUGUGAAGGUGCACUUCUGAAUAAAUUCUCUGAGUAGUCAUUGUGGUCCUUGUUCAAUUUACGAGUUAUGAGGAGAAACAAUUGAACAUAGUUUGGGCGUUCUCUACAGUGGAUCCAAAAUCUUAUUUAUUGGGGAUGUAGAACCCCAAUGUUGAGAUGCCGCCUUGUUCACUGUGUCUAGUGUUGUGAUGGAAUAAGCUUAACGCACCAUAAAUUUUCCUCCUCUUUUAUAUAUCCAUAUGCUUAGAUUUGCUUGCCACAAUUAUUCAGUUAUUAGAAACUGAGAAUUGCUUCAAACUGUUUGACUGUUCCUCCAUAAAAUUUAUUCUGGCAGUUGUACUCUAUUACAGAGAGACAUUGUGGGAUCCUGUAAAUUUCACAGUUGGCUCUCUUGUAGUACUCUCAUUCAAUCGCUUCUCUUUAUAGCUCCUAUCUACAGGUUCUCAACUUCCUCAGCCACUUAUUCAAUAAUAUCAAAUUGAAAUUGUCAAUGACAGUGGUGCCGAAUCUUGUGUAUACUUCCCCAGCUGAUAUCAUGUCACCCUAUACACAUGCCUCCAUUCCCAUACCAGAAUAAUCUUCUCUCUAUCAAUUUCAACGUCUUAGCUAUAAAUUUUGGAUUCCUCUACAAGAUAAAUAUUAGAUUGCUAAACUUGACAGAAGAAUCUCAUACAGGAGAAUAAUUUUCUUUAUACUCUGAUAUCCUUAUUCCCACUCUGCAAAAGUAGUAUCAAAUCAGUUCAUUGUAAUGUAUUCACCGUAAACGUCACUUCCAGGUAUGGGAUUUGAAAGUCCCUUACAUGUUUAAAUGACUUCCCAGUAAGGUGCUAUUCAACAUACGGUUUUUUUCCGUUUUUAGUUGUAGGUAUUACAUGCAACUGAAAGCACAUUAUUGACUUAUGUUGUCAUUAAAUUGCAGGUACAAGCUGGGCUUUUGCCCAAAUGGUUCUGACUGCCGGUACAGGCAUGCAAAACUGCAAGGACCUCCUCCUCCUGUGGAGGAAGUUUUUCAGAAGCUUCAGCAAAUGAGCUCUUCUUUUGGGCCUUCAGGUAGAUUUUUCCAUGGCAGAAAUGUGGGCUAUACGCAGCAAGGAGAGAAAUCCCAACUUCCAUCAUUUUCUGGGGCAAUUAGCCACGCCACUCUUUCAAAAUCUGCGGGUACACAUGGGCCAUCCAUUCAACAAUCACAACCACAGUUGCAGCCGCAGCCACAGCCACAACCACCACAGCCACCACAACAACAACAUUUACAACAACAUCAAAAUCAGCAUCCUCAACAACAAGUUAGCCAGAGUCAGUCACAAAAUCUUCAAAAUGGUUCGGCAAACCAGCCAGUCAGAACUGCACUGCCACUUCCUCAAGGUCAAUCUAGGUGUGUGUGGAGCUUCUAGAUGAAUAUUGAAGUCAUGUAAAGCUGUCUCUGUCAUUUUUCUUGACAUGCUUUUCUAAAGUAUAAAAAAUGAACUGUACUUUGUUUUGAAGAAGCUGGAUAGUUUUUCACUUUUCUUUUGAUGCGACGACGAAUAUACGGGGAUAUUAAUAUUAGUAUGAUCUCAUCUGUGGACCUUUUUCAUCUGGCGAUACUAUUUGACUUUUGUGCAGCCGAGUUUUGAAUAAAUCCCAUGAGACGGAAUCUUAAAUUAUUCCAGGCUGAGAAAUUUUCUCUGUAGUUUACUUGAUAUCUGAAUUUCAUGUUGUUGGGAUACGUGGAUGUAAUGUGUAGUCUCUGCUUGUAGUUUUUCAUUUCUUUAUCAUCUUGUGACAUCAUAUAAAGGGAUUGAAGGUCCACGUUGUUGUCCUUCACGUCGCUCAUUUAAAAAAUAUAACAUAUCUGAUCCUAUGAUUUGAUGGAUAUUUGUGUACAGACAUUUGAUGGAGAAUGCCGAAUGUUUCUAACGCUGGUAUUCUAGUUGUCAAAACUUUUGCAUAAAUCAUUUCAACAUACUGGAAAAUUAGGACGGGAUUUGAAUUCUUCGAAAAUCUGCUGUCAACCCAAACAUUUUGUAAUUCCUUUUAUUCUGUCAUUUACUCAAGGAGAAGGGUAUAUGUGUAUUUUACCUCUUAUUUUAUUUUAUUUUUAAAAUAUUCUUGGUGUCUAACGUGUCUUUCUAAAGAACAUUUGCAACCGUGGGGUGGACGGUACGAUGCAGUACUAUCCACUUUCGGGUUUAAAAGAAUGUGUGUUCGUUGUGACACUUGGGCGCUCACUUCUGAUAUCAUCAAAUAUUGUGGAGACACAAUUCAAACGUCAUUAAGGUCCAAGUGUUUUUUAUACUCAGUCCUCUCCUCCAAUGAUUUUAUGAUGGAGAAACAUAACUAUGGUCAUAGUCAAUGUGACUUGUCACCAUAUGGCAUUUGAGCCUCCAACAACAUAAAUUGUUUUAGUUCAACGUUGUAGCAAAAAAUUCUGAAUUAAGGAUCGACAAGUUAUCUCGGGAGUAAAUUGCUCCUGAUUUCAUGAAUGAAAAAAAAUUGGUUUGCGCAAAGGUACAUGAUGCUAAUGUUAGAACUUGAUAUGGAAGAUCAUAAUGUGUCCUAGCCGAGAGUCAAACAUUUUGUUUCCUAGUUGCUGCACUCAAUGGGUCUGGAGUUUCAGGAAGGUUAGAGUUGAAACUUUCUCAUUGAUCAUGUGAAUGAGGAUAGAGUUUCUGGCCUAUGAUUACUAUGCUGCCAUUUAAUUCCAAUCUUUGAUUGAUCAUGGUGUAUUAUAUGAUUGGGCCAUUGAUGUCUUGGCCUCGUAGUAGAGUCACUGUAGCUUUCCAUUUGUAUUAUGCGGCUUCGUUUUGGGUUUAUGAGAGGGUUUGAUAAAUGAUAGAAGUGCCUUCUGACUGGUUCUCACAUCUUGAAAUAUGGAAAAACAAGGUAUUUCAUUGUUAAAAGCUGCAAUCGGGAGAAUCUCGAACUGUCAGUUCAGCAAGGUGUCUGGGCGACACAAAGAAGCAAUGAGGCUAAACUAAAUGAAGCUUUUGAUUCCUCAGAGAAUGUUAUCUUGAUAUUUUCAAUCAACCGGACUCGUCAUUUCCAGGUAAUCAUCUGUUUGGUCUACAUUAAUGCACGUGAUACCUUCUCUCCAUGCAGAUCUUUCCACACUGACUUUUAAAUGAAAAUGUUUGUUUCCUAUUGCUUAUCUGGACAAAACAUGUAAAAGUUUAUUCGUUGCAAGGCAUUAUUUAAUGUAAAAAUUAUUGUGAUGAAUUCUUAGGGGUGUGCAAAGAUGACGUCUAGAAUUGGUGGUUUUGUUGGUGGAGGAAACUGGAAACAUGCUCAUGGGACUGCACAUUAUGGUCGUAACUUUUCCAUCAAGUGGCUAAAGGUAUGGUGCUUUUGGACUUUACUCGCCAAACUGCUUUUAUUUCUAGCUAAUGACUUUUAAUCAAUUUUCAAUGCCCAAGGAUCCUGAUUGGCCUUGUAAACCAUUGGAUAUAUGUUUUUUGAAGUUCAUGCGGUGGUGGCGAUAAUUUAUUUUCCUGUCCUUUUGUUGUCGUGAUUUUGUGUUGUCACAACAAUUGGCAAAGAAAUAUUGGGUGAUUAUAAGUGCUCUCUCAUGGAAACGCUAGUGGGUUUUUGUUUUAAACGAUUUGACUGUUUAUUAUAAAGUUUCAUGCAUCUUGACAUGAUCAGAUGCAACUGUCCAGGGAAUUUUGUGUGAAAAGUCUUUAGCUUUCUUGUCUUUCAUUGAUAUGAAUGCUUAUUAAGUUUCUGUUUGUUUGUUUCGUGGGGAAAGAUUGUUUCUAUCAGUGGGAAAAAAAAAAUAAUCAUGGAUUCUGCUUGUUGCCAAAAUAUGGUUUCGAAUUUGGUAUCAAAACUUGCAUGCUUGUGGAGAACAAUUAAAUAUUUUUUGUGUAAUGUUUCCCAACCUUGCUGUGGAAGGGUUUUCUUUGAGUUCCUAUCUUUACUUAUUGCAUUGCUAUUAUACGAUGUAGUUUAGUUGUCUGGAGCAUAGACUUUUAUUUCAGUAAAGUUUUGAAUGUUGAGAAUUUUGUUCAUGAACAAUAUUUAAUCAGUUCAUUUUCUUUCAAUUUCGGUCUUACAGGAAAUUGCUAAUAUUUUAAUUUGUUGUUGGUUUUGUCUGAGAAUUAUUUCUUUUGGUUUAGAUUUGGCUCACGACAUAGAUUUAUGGGCGCUUUUGGUUUUGAACAUCUAUUGAUUGGGUUUUCUAUUUGCUUGCCUCGUCUAGGAUGAUUAUCGUUCAUGCAUAUGGGACACCAAAGGGUCUAUCCCACCUCCCUUAUCAGGACCCCUUUAUCUUAAAGUUUUUUUUUAUAAAUCUACUGUGAUUGCUAAAAUUUUGCUGUCUUACUUGCCCAUUACUAAUUCCCUCAAUUAGGAUUGUGCCUGAUUAUGAUGAAUUAUAGUGUUGAAGAUUAUUUGACAAUGAAAUUAUUCCUUUAUAAUUCAAUAUUUUUACCUUGUAUGCUUAUUGAUCAAAGUGUUUGACAUGGCAGUGUACAUAUGCUUUUCUUGUAUUAAAACUUGUCCAAGUUUUGAAAUGUUUUCCAAUUUUCCAAUUUUUUUCAUGCUUGUAAACAAUUUCUAUUGACAUCGCAAUUUAUGUGGAACAUUUUCUAUAUGUAAUUUUUUAUUUUGUUUCAUAGAUAAGUAUAGUAUCAUGAGGUUUUUAGCUAACUGCAUCAUCAUUUGUUGCAGCUCGGUGAAUUGUCUUUUUAUAAAACUCGCCACUUGAGGAAUCCUUACAAUGAGAACUUGCCAGUGAAGGUAUAUUUUAUAUUUUAUGUUAUGUCGUUUUUCAUUGCUUAAAGAUCAGAUGUGGGACAAUUUUUGCCUCGUGCAUAAAGAAAUGGAGUUUUCUAUGUUAUUCAGUAGACAUCUCCUUUCUCCUUUCUCCAUUCAGUAGACACUUUUUCGCCUCGUGCAUGAAAAUGUGUGGGACGAAUCCGCCUGUUGAUGUUCUUACCGUACAUUAGCACAUAACAUGAUAGGUGCCUGAUGCUAUAGUCCUCGUGAUAUAAUCUGGUGGUUUUCAUUUUCCUUUUAAUGAUUAGUGAUGCGAAUAAAACAUAGUACUCAACCUAUGAUGUAUUACCUCACGCAAUACAUAUUAUAUACUUAACCAACAUUUUGGUAUAACUCUUGGUAGAUCUGUCUGAUAGACUCUAUGGACUACUUUUUAGAAAUCUGGGAGCUUUCUGUCAACCAGUUUAUGUGAUUUAUUAGUCCUCUGGGUUCUAUCAUGUAGCCAGGUGGGACUGUGAUCAUUUAGUUACCACUACCAAUUGCAAGCUGGAUAGAGUGUGUAGGUAUAUCGAUAUCUAUAGACCUCUGUGUCUGUUAAUCCAUAUGAAUAUAUAAAGCUCACCAUUAUGUUUCUGUAUUCACCUUUCGAAAAAGUUGCCGGAUGAAAAUUCCACUUUUCGGAGUCGUCAGAUAAGCCAUUAAGUUAAUGGUACAUGUGAUUUUUUUUAGACGUAUUGGAAAGCCGAAGUAUUUUUCACCCUUUGAAGCAUUUUCAUUGAUGCUUUUUGUGCAAAUACUUCCCGAAACAAUGUUUCUUGUCUGUCCUCACCACGUGACAUUUGUACAGAAAUGCUCUUAUUUGAACUUUUUGUGACUGUUCAUGACCACUGUACUUCUCGUAAUUGAGGGUAUUUGCUAACCCCGUGGUGAAGUUGACAUUUUCCUAGUUUUCCCCUAACUUGGAAAUGGUUUUAGGGUGGAUAAAAGAGUGAGGUGUGGCCGACUGAAGGAGGGGACACUUCAUUGCCACAGUUGAGUGGUGAUGUCUUUGUUGCUACCAUUGUCAACAUAUGUCUGAUUAUUAUUGGCUGGAUUUAAGACGAUUAAUCAGCUCAGUGAAGCCAGUUUGAUGGCAACUAUACAAACAAUUGGCAGGAGGGAAUUGAGAAAUUUGAUAUCAUAAUUUUACCAUCUUUUCACUCGGCCCCCGCCCAUCCCUCAUUUGUUAUGGCUGUGAGACUGGGCGGACGAAAGACGUUGAAGGGAAAAUGAAGUGGAGUGAUUGCAUACUGACGGAGAUGUUGCCUUUCUUUUUCCUUCCUCCCAUUUCUUGCUUCUCGUAGCUCAUUUUUUUCGCUUCAUCUUCUUUUCUUCUUCCUCAUGAUGCAGCCUGUCUUCUUUCUUCUCCUCCUUUCAUCCUCUUCUACUUGGUGAAAUCUAGACUGCAUUUUGUGAUGUCACUUGUCAACCUUUGACUGAAUUCUUCGUUAUAACUCUUCUUGGAAACUUAUGUAUUUUAUUGUCAUCAUCUGUAAGAGGCAUCUAAAAAUUCAGCAGAAUCAAACAGAGAAAUUGAUAUCUUUGAUAAUCAAACAGAGAACUUGUUCUCUUCUCGGACUUACUACAUUUUCAUGAAGUUGAUAUCUCUCGUGCUGUUUUUUUAACUAUCGUUCUUCUCAAAACCUUGACAUAUAUUAUGACAUGGGUUUAUUAAUGGUUAUAUAUCCAAGGGGUUCCAGACAUGAUUAAUUUAUUUGGAUUCAAUAGUGGACAUGAAGAUUCUGGAUUUACAAUGGAAGCACAGAAAGGGUCAUAACCGCGUGUUAGAAGAGCAGCAAAUGUGUUGUAAUGCAAGAUGAGGAAGUCAUUAUUGGAUACCCUUUGCUCACGAGUAACCUAGAAUGAAGAGAUGAUGACGUUGGGGAUAUUAUGAUUCUGUAUGAGGACAGAAUUCAAAGCAUACAAUUUAUGGCAAUGAACUUCAGAUUACAAAUGCGUCGUUUAAAAUAAGUUAAUUUUUCUUGAUCCUGUCAGCAGAGUGUUCUUGAUUGACGUGAGGAGGUGAUGAACAAAACAUUUCUUGAUAAUUGUGCAUGCGAAGCUAUAUUAAAAACUCAAACAUUUUCCUUUAUAUAAAUGAGUCAUGGUGCUGAUGACUUAGGUUGAGCUUCACGAUAUGCAUUGUUCUCAAGAUCAACUAAAUGAUAAUUCCAUGUGGAUGGAAUUGCAGUUGAAAAAAUAAGGGUCUUUUCUUCGAAUUUGCGUCAGUUUGGUGCAUGUUUCCUAGCAUAUCCAACGUAGCCCUUGGCUUACUUUCGUUUUUUACAUGCGAUUGCAGAUUAGUCGAGACUGCCAGGAGCUGGAGCCUUCGAUUGGUGAGCAGUUGGCUUCGCUACUUUACCUCGAACCAGAUAGCGAACUUAUGGUAUGAUUCCAUGCGAAUGCCACUGCAGAUUACCCUUGUGAAUAAUAUUCUCAUAAUAUACUAUCAUCACAUGCAUUUGAUCCUUUGUGUUUUUUUUUUUCUGGUGCACGACAGUUGUUGGUGAUUCUUUCUUGUUAUCCCAAGUUUUUUCACUUGAGUUGAAUAAGAACAGAAAUUUAAAUCGAUGAAAUGAAAAUCUUGAGGAGUAAUUUUCCAAGAAUGAUUUAACAUCCGCACUUUCUCUUCAGUGCUGAAUUGAUGGCAUUACCAUUGUAGCACAGAGCUUGAAUUUAUGAUUUUUUUUUAAUUGAAUGCGGAUUUUUUAUUUAGAAUAUUUCUGGGCACAUAACCACAGGAUUGGGCCUGUUAGUGAAUAAUGCUUCAGGUCUGUUUGAACAUAUGGCAUGAUGAACCUGCUAAACCAACUUGCUCCAGAUAUAAUUUCCUCAUCCUCCAUCAUCACUUCCAUUGAUAUUCCUGCUCUUGGGUGCCUUUCUAUCCAGGCCAUGCUAAUCGCUGCAGAGUCCAAGCGUGAGGAGGAGAAGGCGAAGGGAGUCGAGAUGGACGAUUCGGCUGAGAAUCCGGACAUCGUUCCCUUUGAGGACAACGAGGAAGAGGAAGAGGACAGCGACGAAGAGGAAGAAGUUUUGGGCCAGGCUGCUCUUGCGAGGGGACGGGGCCGUGCCCUGAUGUGGCCGCCGCACAUGCCAAUGGUGCGCGGCAGCCGGCCGAUGCUUGGCAUCCGGGGCUUCCCCCCCAUGAUGAUGGGUGCCGACGGGUUCGGGUAUGGCGCCGUCGCUACCGAUGGCUUUGGCAACCCUGAUCUCUUUGGCCCCCGGUUCUUCCAGCCCUUCCCCGGCCCAAGAUUCUCUGGCAACUUCCCCGGCAUGGCGCAACCUGGAUCUGCUGUCUUCCAUGGCGGCGGGAUCGGCAUGAUGAUGGGCGGCAGCAGGCCUCCCUUCAUGGGCGGCAUGGCCAUGACGGGCAUUGGUGCUGCUCGAGGGAAUCGGCCGAUGGGGAUGCCACCACUGAUCCGGCCGCCGCUGCCGCUGGCGGCCAAUCCUAGGAUGCCAAAGAGAGAACAGAGGAGGUCCGGCAGCGAUCAGAGCGACCGAUAUGACGCUGGAUCGGAUCAAGGCAGCAAGGUACAGGACUCUGCCCACCGCCCCGAUGAUCAAUUGUGGCACCAGGGAGGCACCAGGGGGCCGGCGGCAGGGCCGCAGUAUGAGAGCGGCAGUGAGGAUGAAGCUCCGAGGCGAUCAAAGCAUGGUGAUAGCAAGAGGAAGCGACGAGGAGCUGAUGGGGAGGGCUCUGACCAGUGGGAGAUGGCACCCAACGACUGA